CAGAGAGGCAACAUCUCUGACAACAUGCAAUGCAAAUUCAACGGGACUCUGCUGAUCAGUGUGCUCCCUCCACUGCUGGCGACAGAGUUUGUUUUUGGAGCAUUAGGAAAUGGCUUGGCUCUCUGGAUCUUCUGCUUCCACCUGAAGCCGUGGAAAAGCAGCACAGUGUUGCUCUUCAACCUGGCAGUGGCUGAUUUUCUCCUCAGCAUGACUCUGCCUUUCAGGGCCAGCUACUACAGCUCUGGGAUAAAGUGGAGGUUUGGCGGCGAGAUUUGCAACAUCUGCCUCUUCAUGCUGGCGAUGAACCGCAGCGGCAGCACUGUCUUCUUGAUGGUGAUCGCCUUGGACAGAUUCAUGCGUGUGGUGCAUCCCCAUCACCUCAUCAACUCUCUGAGCAUCUCUAAAGCUUGGUGUGGAGCUCUGGCACUGUGGUUGAUCACCAUCUGCAUGACCACUCAUGUUUUCACCUUAAAGCACAUCAACACAACCUACUGUGAGAGCUUCAUGAUCGACACUGAACCCGGCCACAACCUGACCUGGCAUAAGUUUGAAUUCAUCUUCUCCUUCUUUUUGCCUCUGCUUGUGAUUCUCUACUGCACGAUCCAUAUCAUUGUCUUCCUGAGAGGGAGGCAGCUGGCCAAGGAUGCAAAGAUUAAGAGGGUUCUGUGCUUCCUCACAGUGGUGGCAGCGCUCUUCAUCAUUUGCUUCCUCCCGAGCAACAUCAUUCAGCUGCUAAUUUGGAUCAAGACCAAGAAAGUAUCCAGCACCCUGCAGGAAUCUGAAGUCUGCCCGGCCCUGGAAGACCUGACCACAGCUUUUUACAUCAGCAUCAGCCUGACUUAUCUCAACAGCGCAUUGGAUCCUUUGGUCUACUACUUCUCCAACCCUGCCGUUAAGAACGGCUACAGGAAAGCCCUUCAUCUGCCCCAAGCAGACACGGCAGAGAGUAUGGAGAGGAAAACUUGAGAGCCAGGCUCCCAGUCACUCAGUCAGCUGGCUCACAGAGAGUAUUGGGGGGAUCAUUGAGAUGGAAGCAGUAAAAUGAAAACCUAAGAAUAGCUCAUUCUAAUUUUUUCUAACGUUUUUUUUGUAAGCUCUGCAGCUAAAAAAAAGACAACAUUUUACUUUUUUCAUACAGCAAAUGUCACCUAAAUGUUUGCUCCACAUAAUUAAUUUCCUUUGCAAAACAUGUGCAGGCAGCUUUACUUGUCAUUCUUUGUAUAACCUCUGCACUUUAAGCAUUGUUGGGUAGUAAGACACUUUAUCAGUUGUGAAGUGGAGAUACUAUUGCCGGAAGUCAGAAGCAAACAAGCUGCUUUAUUCAGCAGUAUGAAGAAUGGUAACACAGGAACACACAAAACAAA